AUGGCCGAAAAGCCAUACAAAGAUGAUGAACCCAAACCCAGAAUGGUGAUCAGUAGCGGUUAUACUAAUGCCGGAAGACCUGGACCGUGGGUAUCUCCGGUCACAGCUUCCACGUCUUCAUUAGCACAUGUAAGAAAUUAUGCUAGCGUUGUAGUAUAUCACACAUUUCUUAGUACAACCUUUGCCCCGCGGCUUUGCUCGCAUGGGAUUUAUUUACCUAAGGGAAAACCGUCUGUAAAUUUUUCACAUAUCACCACAAAAAAUUUGCCGCUUUGCCGCGGUACAAUUACGAUAAAAAAUCCGUCACUUUAUGCGCUAGACCCUAAUUGCCCAGCGUUACUGAAGUGA